AUGGAAAUGAGGGUAAUUACUAAAGAACAACCAUCCCCAUCAUUAUCAUCAUCAUCAUCAUCAUCAGACGACGAAGAAGAAGAAUGAGUUAAUCAACUUGGAGGUUUAUUUGUUAAUGGUCGACCGUUACCGGAUAGUACACGAACACGUAUAGUUGAACUUGCUCACAAUGGCAUGCGUCCUUGUGAUAUUAGUCGGUGUUUACAAGUAUCAAAUGGUUGUGUAUCAAAAAUUUUAGCACGAUAUUAUGAAACAGGUUCAAUAAAACCACGUGCAAUUGGAGGUUCUAAACCUCGUGUAGCAACAAAUGAUGUUGUACAAAAAAUUGCUCAAUAUAAACGUGAAACACCGUCCAUAUUUGCAUGGGAAAUUCGUGAUCGUCUUUUGGCUGAAAAUGUUUGUAAUCCAGAAAAUAUACCAAGUGUAUCUUCAAUAAAUCGAGUCUUAAGAAAUCUCGGUUCAAAAUCUUUAGAUUCAAUGACAAAUCAUGAAACAUAUUAUUCUGUUGAUAGUAAAUUACGCGUUUUACAAAGUCAACCAUGGCCAUCAUCAUCAUCAUCAUCAUUUUAUGUUCAUCAUCCUGGUGCACUACCACCAUCAACAGCAUAUUCAACUAGUGGAGAUUCAAACUCAGAAUAUAAACAUCAAACGCAUGAUGCUAAUCAUGGACAUCAUCAAGAUUUAGGAGAUUUGACUGAUGCAAGUAAUGAUAGCAAAACAGUUGUACGUGAUGGUUUAAAUGAGAAUGAUGAAGCUAUACAAGAACGUUUAAAAUUAAAACGUAAAUUACAACGUAAUAGAACAUCAUUUACACAAGAACAAAUUGAUGCUUUAGAGCAAGCUUUUAAUGGUACACAUUAUCCAGAUGUAUAUGCACGUGAAAAACUUGCACAAAAAAUUAAUUUACCUGAAGCAAGAAUUCAAGUAUGGUUUUCAAAUCGUCGAGCAAAAUAUCGUCGUGAAGAUAAAGUUAAAGGUCGUCGACAACAACAACAACAACAACAACAAUUAAUUAAUGAUAUGGGAGAAAAUAUGCGUCCAUCAGGUUCAACACCACCACUUUCAUUAUCACAACACAUACAACCAACAUCAUCAUCAUCAACAUCAUCACUUUAUCCUCAAGUACUUCCAACAAAUAAUGAUCCAAAUCAUCAUCAUCAUCAUCAUCAUCAUCAAUAUGGAGCAUUUAGUUCAGGUUUUACUGGACAAAUAGCUGCUGCUGCAGUUGCAUGUAGUUCUAGUGGAUAUCCAACAUUUUUUCCUAGUUCAGCACGUGGUUAUGAUGGACUUAGCCCAUUUAGUUCACCUUAUAAUCGUUCUUGUCCUAAUUAUUCAACAAGUAUACCAACUAAUCUAUCAUCAGAUUUAGAUCAUAUGAAAAAUAUGUCGUCAAUGUCAUCAUACGGUGGAGGACCACAUAUAUGGUAUUCACCAAUAUUACCAUAG